CCUACCCUGUCGUACUGAUCCGGAGCAGUUGGAAAUUCAUGGCAAUACCGCUACAUUCCCACUAGGUGGCGCUGUCACAAAGGACAACGCCGUAUGAGGUUCCUGAACCCGGGAGCCGCAAAAGGCUCUGAUGCAUUUGGGCCAAUUCAGCCUGUGACCUUUUGGCCCUUCUUGCCACCUUUACCUCUGUUGAAGCUGACUGUACCUUGCUUGGUUCUGGGCUGUUCAUUCCCUCGGUGAUGUUAGCAGAAGGCGUCCCUUGACCGAGUUCAACUUUGGAUUUUUAAAGAAAUUCCAUGUUGUUAUUUUAUUUUUGAAGGGGGAGGGCUGGUUUUCUUGUGAUGUGAGCAUCCUAAUCAUUUAGCUACAUACCAUCUUCGUGCACGUGCUCUCAAGCAGGAAGCAUAAAAUGAUGGGGUAGGCCAAACCUAGCAGUGGUCCCCCAACAGUCUAGGAGGGUCCAAGGCCUACAUGGGUAACUUAGUGAGCUUCUGUCUCGGCCGCAUAAGUAAUGAAUAAGAAAAGGCUGGGGAUGUGGUAGGCUGCUUGCCUCGUAUGUGGAAGCCCUGGAUUUGAUACCCUUAUCACGACACAAGAACGAGUAAUGGUAACAGUCUAGUCUACCAAGGACUCUCUGAGCCAGGGAUAUUUCGCAAAUAUUUCUAAUCCUUCCAACAUUGCAAGGUAAGUGUUCUAAUUCUUAUUUUACAGAUGGAGGUCAGGAUAUCUAGAUACUAAGCAGGACUUGUAGGUCUGUGUCCAUGUCCUCUACCCUAUUCUGUCUGCUUACCUGCUUGUUUUAUUUUUUUGUUAUUUGUCAGGGUUUUGCUACGUAGCCCAGGCUGGCUGGAAUCUCAUCCUCCUGCCUCAGCUUCCCAGUGAUGAGCUAGCUGAUAGUCAGGCAUACACCACCUUGCUCAGCCCCUGUUCUGCCUUCCCACAUGCUUUAGAACUUUUUACAGGUCACAUGACUACAGAUCCCAGAAACUGGAACUUGAGACAAGGAAGUGGAACUUCUCUCAGCCUUCAAGUACUGGGAUUACAUAUGCCCAUCAGGCCUGACUCAGGCUUUGUAUAAAAGCUUUAUGUGUAUGCAUAUUUUGCGUGCACAUAUGUAAAUGUACCACAUAUGCGCCUGGUGCCCACAGCCAGGAGAGGGAUUCCCUGGAACUGAAGUUACAGAUGAUCGUGAGCUGCGGUGUGGGCGCUGGGAACAGGAACCCGGUUCUCUGGAAGAAUAAGAAGUGUUCUUAUGUACUGAGCCAUUGUCCUACCCCAUAUGAAAGUUUUAAAUGUAGACAUUUAUUUAUUGUCCUGAAGAGUGAACCCAGAGUCUCACCCAUGUUAGACUUUGCCAUUGAACUACAUCCCAUAAGGGGUUAAUUUGGAAGAAAACAUGAUGAGACAACCGCACAAUAUUACAAACUGGUAAGCCACACCCCACCUUCCAGAGGUACCCACAAAUCGUAGUCUCUGGAGUGUGAUGUCUUCUACUGCUGCUUUGUUGAGUAUCACGGUUCUCUGAUAAACCAUACAUGAAGUCAUACCUAAAAUAAUGGGGCAUAGUGUGACAUCCAGCUGAACUGGCAAUGAGUGGAUAGGUUUGUUUAGUGAAUUCUGGGGCAGGAAAACAGUGAGUAAAAGGUCCCUGCCUUCAUGGAACUCAUGGAAAAGAGAAAUUAUAAAGCCAUAAUCUACAAAUACGGGAAGUGGACAGAUGCUUCCUGAGCACCAGCUGUGUGUGAGGCACUGAAGAAACAGCCCUGAGUGAAGCAGACCCAGUCCGUACAUUCUCAGGGUUAUGUUUGGCCUGGCAGAGCAGAUGCCACACUGCCUAGUGCAGUUUAAUCCUGGUUACCCACAAAGAUAGAAGAGUAAAUAGUGCAGAAAACUGUCCCCUGAUCUUCACCCACUAUGCCAUGGCCUUUGCCUCACCCCCAUAAAUAAAUAAAAACUUAGAGAACCAGACAUUUAUUGCAUGGGCAGACGUUCAAGCACUGAAUUGCAGUUGUAGUGAGUACCUCAAAGGAGAAGACUGGAGGUCUGGGAAGGUGUUCUGAAGAGUGGAUGGAGCAAGAGCCGGCAAGUUCCAAGCAGAAGAGGUGGCAUUAUGGGAAAAGACCAUAGACUCAAUUUAAAUUGUAAUUAGAUAAAUUUAUUAAGACUGCUAGCAGGGUGACAGCCCUCAAAGCCAAAUUGAAGGCAUGCUACGCAGAAUGGGCUAAGGGAAGGGUUUUAAAGGUGACAACCACAACAACCUUGUUUCUGUGAAAUGUGCAGCUGUGUAAAAAACUGCUUCACUCCCCUCAGCUGUGUGAGGAGCUCUCUUCUCCCUGUUCACAGCCAUGAUGGAGGUACCUCCCUCCCCUGUAUACAGUGAUAAGCGGGUUUACAGAAGCCAGAACAAGCUGUUAAUCAGUUCGCGGCAGUUACAUCCUGGGGAGGGUGCAGGUUCCUAGGAGUUCAUCUUUCAGAAAUUUAGGGCAGAGGCUAAUGGCUAUGAAGGAGGUACCUGGUACAGAAUGUAAUUUUCAUAGCCAUCACAUCUUGAAGGAUGUGGCAAGGUGAAGAAACAGAAGAAUAAUAGGUCUUGAAUAGAGGAGAUUAAUGGAGGCAGGGCAGGCAAAGGCUGAAUCUUGGAGCUGUUUAAGAAUUUGAGCUUUUGUAAGCUCUGGGAGGCUCAAAAGGUCAACAGAGCGUUAAGAAGCUGUGGAAGCAAAUGUCAGUACCAGCACCAACAGCUGAGCUUUGCGGGGACUAAGAUUUUGUUCUGAAGGGAAGGAGUUUGGGAAGGAAGACCUAGAAGUUCCUAGACAAAGGGGAUCCAGCACUCAGGAUGCUGAGACAGGAGAUCAUGAAUUUGAUGCCGUCCAGGGCUACACAGACACUUUCUUUAAAAAAAAAAAAAAAGGAAUUGGAGGGAUAUCUCAGUAGUAGAUAGAGGACUUGCUAAGCUUCUGCAACCCCUAGGGUAUACCACGGAUAAAUAAUAGAAUCAAAGAAUACUUACCCUUAUGGAGAGAGGCUUGUGAAAUAGUGAAUGAAGAAGGUUAACUACAAGGUAUAGCAAGCACGAUUUGCUCCCCUUUGCAAAAUAACCAAAAUGUAUGCCUUAUGUUUAUAUUUUUAUACCCAAAAUAUGACAUGAAUGUCCACAGCAGUGUUAUUUUUAAUAGUACUAAAUAGGAAAUAAAUGUCCAUCAGCUGGUCAGUGGUGGCGCACACCUUUAAUCCCAGCACUCGGGAGGCAGAAGCAGGCGGAUCUCUGUGAGUUCGAGGCCAGCCUGGUCUACAAGAGCUAGUUUCAGGACAGGAUCCAAAGCUACAGAGAAACCCUGUCUCAAACAAACAAACAAAGUCCAUCAAUGGUGGAAUGGGUAAAUAUAGUGUAGUCACACAGUGGAAUACUCUACAGUUACGAAGAGUGAAGUACAUCAACAAUGUCCAUAAUUAUCUCAAUAAUUGAUUGUUUGAUCAAUAAAACAGAUACAAAAGAUUAUUAUUCCAUUUAUAUGAAGUCUAACAAGAAAAGUUGACUUCUGCUAUUAGAAGUCAUAAUGGUGGCUCUCUUUUUUUUCCUUUUGGUCAUCUAAGAAAAUUGUGGGUGGGUGUGGUGGUACAUGCCUAGAAUCCCAACACUUGAUAGGUAGUCAGCAGGAUUAGGAAUCCAAGGCCAGCCUCAGCUCUGUUGUGAGUUUGAGAUCAGCCUGGACUUCAUGAAACUCUCAAAAAAAAAUUAUGAUAAAAUACAUAUACCAUAAACUUUGCCAUUUGCAUUCAUACUAUUGUGUAAUCAUUCCCAAUAACUGGUUCCAGAAUUUCAUUUUUUAAUAUUUAGUUUCAUUUUAUGUGUAUGAGUGCUUGCCUGCAUGUGGAUCCACAGGUGUGUGUCUGGGUAUACCAGUGGGUGUGAUGUCUUUGGAGGCCAGCAUCCCCUGAAACCGGAGUUACAAGUGGUUAUGAGCUGUCAUGUGUGUGCUGGAACUCAAACUGGAGACCUGGAAGAGCAGCCAGUGCUUUUAACUACCGAUACAUUGUUCCCGCCCCACUUCCAGAACUUGAAGUAGUGUCAGCUGGGGUCUCUGUCCACGGAGAGGAGAUAAUGACUGGGAGAAGCACCUGGCUAUUGGUAAUUGUUCCUUUAAACAAAAUUUCUCUCUUGAUGCGGAUGUAUCCAGAUAAACUGACUAUACUUCUCUGUGUGAAGUUAUACCUAAAUAAUUGUAGAUACAUAGUUUUGCUGAGUGGUUGUCUCUCCCCUUAGAGGUAGUACUCUUGAGUCCUCUUUGCUUUGCUAAUUGUAUUAUUUUAGUUCUUUAUGAACACAAGUAUUACUCUGGCAACAAACUUUUAAAAUGUAAAUCACUUUAAAUAAAGGAAAUACAAUGUUUUCAAAAGAAAAUAUUUCUUGUAAUCCGAGGCACUAGAACUCUGCUUACUUAUGUUUGUGUCAUGGUUGACAUUUCUGUGUUUGCCCCAACCCUAUAUGGUUCUUUAUCUCUCCUGUCACCUCUCUUCCUGGGUACUGAUGAGGAGGGAGGGUGGCCCACUCUCCUUCAUCACUGGUGAUUAUCUCCGCAGAUUUAUCCUUGCUAAACUAGAAGUAAACUUGAAGCAAAAACUAAAGUUUUGAGAAGAUAACAUAAAGACCAAGGUAUACAGGCUACCUGGACUGGCAAGAUCUAGAAGUCUGUCAUCUAGAAGGAAAUUAAUGGUCCCCCUAGUCUGUGAUAAAAAGGGUGAGUGGCCCUUAGUGGCCAUCAGGAAAAGAGGAAGCACUCCAGGAAAUUUAGCAACAGGAGGCAUUGCCAGCCACCUUCAACCACGCUUCACCGCCUGGAGAUGCUGUCUCAGGACUGGAAUAACUAAGCUAGCCUUGCCCUAUGAUUCGUCUCACUUUCAUUUACGUCCUACCCAGUCCCUGUUAGGCUCCUGCUCCCUGCUCCCAGUUCCCACGUUCCUCUAUGGUUUCCAGAGCAGUCAUCACAAUGGCUGCUAAUCUGCUGCCACUGUGGUCUCUUUAAUAACUGGAACUAAGUCUUUUUGAUCACUGCCUCCACAGCUCCAAACAAUUCCGGGCUCACAGGUCAUACUCAAUCCAUGUUGAUCUAAAUUGCUGGAGACAUAUCCUACCCUUGAGCCUUUCCCCAAGUGGUAUGACUGCACACUCUGGUGUUCAGUUCUCUUCUGAAGAAAUUAUUCCCCAUGCAGACCCUGCAUUUAUUCUGCACCUAUGGCGUAGAUCUAAACCCACCUCCACAUGCACUGUGGAUGUUCUCCCUCCCCAUCACCUUGCUGCUUCUACUGCACUUUCCUGCCUUUGCCCUUCAAACUCUUCCCCAUACCGUUUUCUUCCCAUGCUGGGGAUUGAAUUCAAGGCUUUGCACAUGCUAGGUGAGCACUCUGUCACCAAGCUGCAUCACUAACUCCUGGACUCCCCAAAUCUGAGCCCUUGUUAAGUUGCUUCUGCCUGAAUUUAUAGACAGGAAUUUCCCAUACACAAUAAAACAUGUCUGUCAUGCAUUAUCAUUUUCCAGCUAAGCCCUCAUCUUAAGCCCUGUGCUAGUUCCUGUUCUAGUUGGAAAGGCAGUGCUGCUGUAGAAGGAUUUCAUUAUGGAAGGGCCUAACAAGGUACCUAACUCAGUCCUUUCUCAGUCAUAGUUUCCCCGAGGAACUGAAAUUCCUGUGAGCACUCAAGUUUAAAUAGAAGGAAUUGGGGGCAGUGGGGUGAUAAAAGAGCUGAAGAAAACUAUAUGUUUAAGAGGCCAAGGACUGGGAGGAUCCAAGGAUCCUGAAGACAUUGCAAAUAGCUGAGUGUGGAGCCGAGGACGGUGUGCCCAGGUGAGGUUGGGGUGCAGGCAUUGAUGGAAUGAAAGAAGCCUUGCUCCCUGCUAAGUUUGCUUCAGACAGGAGUCUUUUUGGUUGAAAGUGACCACUGAUCUGCUAAGAAAAAAGGGGUCCUAUAUGGGCUCAGUAGCUAAAAGUUCAGGGCUUUCAAGAUCAAAGAUGUCAUUGAGUUUUGACAUAUCUCUCAUCUUUGCUCUCCUUUGUGUUUGCUUCAUUCUUUUCUCUGUGAAAUGGUCCCCUGAUCUCCCCAAAACACAGAAGGCGACUGCAGUGGAAGGGACCAUUGAUAUUGGCGGCUUAUCCAUAUGUCAGAACCUUCAAGGCUACCUUCUUUUCAGGAGGUCUAGACCUUUCUAGCUUAGAUUCCCCCCCAGAGGUUGGCAAGAUCUUGGCCUUAUAGAAACUUAUGAAAGCAGAGAAAGGGACAGGUGAAGGGACUCUAUUCCAAAACUCCAAAGCAAUUUGCUUUUUUACACUAGCCAGCCUCCUGUUCCCAGCUUCUUUGUCCCAGGUCCUAACAUGCAUAUUCUCUGUCUCAUCCUUUGCUUUUCCGAAGAGCAGAAUCAUUAGUUUGGGUAAGAACAUAAAGAAGGACGGUAACCUUAGAAACCCACCCCACGUCCUAAGAGAGCGUGACCUACUUGUCUCCCACCCACUCUCGCUCCCUCCCAGUCCUACUCAAACCUUGCCAAGUCCUGCCCCAAGUUCGGGGCAUUUGAACUUGUCCAUUGAGCAGAGAGAGAGAGGGUCGCUUUCUCCUCACACGCAGGCCCAGCCAAAGAGCAUCCCACUCAGGGACCACCUUUUUUUCCCUGGGAUCCCGCGCUUCCGCCUCCGGGGCGGAGACUCCUCCCCUCGCAGUCCCAGUUGUGUUCCCUGGAAGAGCCGCCGGAACCGGCACCGGUGAGAAGCCGGGUCCUCCUUGCGUUCUAGGAACCGUUCAGUCCUGAAGGCCGAGAGCCCCACCCGGAAUUCGGCGGCUGCGCGGCUUCAGCACCGCGGACAGCGCUCUGUCUGCAGCCCCUACUGUCUGCGGCGAAGCCGCGCUAUGCUGGCGGCAUGGCCCGGCACUCCAGCUAUAUGGCGCUGCUGCUCAGCUUCGGCCUUCUCUGGCUGUGUUCAGAGGUUUUGGCUACCGACACAGAGGAGCGGCUAGUGGAGCACCUCCUGGAUCCCUCCCGCUACAACAAGCUGAUCCGUCCAGCCACAAACGGCUCCGAGCUGGUCACUGUUCAGCUCAUGGUAUCUCUGGCCCAGCUUAUCAGUGUGCAUGAACGGGAGCAGAUCAUGACCACCAAUGUCUGGCUGACCCAGGAGUGGGAAGAUUAUCGCCUCACCUGGAAGCCCGAGGACUUCGACAAUAUGAAGAAAGUCCGGCUCCCUUCCAAACACAUCUGGCUCCCAGAUGUGGUCCUAUACAACAAUGCGGACGGCAUGUACGAGGUGUCCUUCUAUUCCAAUGCGGUGGUCUCCUAUGAUGGCAGCAUCUUUUGGCUACCGCCUGCCAUCUACAAAAGUGCAUGCAAGAUUGAGGUGAAGCACUUCCCGUUUGACCAGCAGAAUUGCACAAUGAAGUUCCGCUCAUGGACCUACGACCGCACAGAGAUCGACCUGGUCCUCAAAAGUGAUGUGGCCAGCCUGGAUGACUUCACACCCAGUGGGGAGUGGGACAUAAUUGCGCUGCCAGGCCGGCGCAACGAGAACCCAGACGACUCCACCUAUGUGGACAUCACCUAUGACUUCAUCAUUCGGCGCAAGCCGCUCUUCUACACAAUCAACCUCAUCAUCCCCUGCGUUCUCAUCACCUCGCUGGCCAUCCUGGUCUUCUACUUGCCCUCGGACUGUGGUGAGAAGAUGACACUUUGCAUCUCUGUGCUGCUGGCGCUCACGGUAUUCCUGCUGCUCAUCUCCAAGAUUGUGCCUCCCACCUCCCUCGAUGUACCGCUGGUGGGAAAGUACCUCAUGUUCACCAUGGUGCUUGUCACCUUCUCCAUCGUCACUAGCGUGUGUGUGCUCAAUGUACACCACCGCUCGCCCACCACACACACCAUGGCUCCCUGGGUCAAGGUGGUCUUCCUGGAGAAGUUGCCCACCCUGCUCUUCCUGCAGCAGCCACGCCACCGCUGUGCUCGUCAGCGCCUGCGCCUGCGGAGGCGCCAGCGGGAACGCGAAGGGGCAGGCGCGGUCUUCUUCCGUGAGGGCCCUGCCACUGACCCAUGCACCUGCUUUGUCAACCCCACGUCAGUGAAAGGCUUGGCUGGGGCUUUUGGGACUGAGCCCACGCCUGCAGCAGGCCCGGGGCACUCGGCGGGGCCUUGCAGCUGCGGCCUCCGAGAGGCAGUGGACGGCGUACGCUUCAUUGCAGACCACAUGCGAAGUGAGGAUGAUGACCAGAGCGUGAGGGAGGACUGGAAAUAUGUUGCCAUGGUGAUCGACCGCCUGUUCCUCUGGAUCUUUGUCUUUGUCUGUGUCUUUGGCACCAUCGGCAUGUUCCUGCAGCCUCUCUUCCAGAACUAUACUGCCACUACCUUCCUCCACCCUGACCACUCAGCUCCCAGCUCCAAGUGAGGCCUCAUUCAUCUGCAGCUCCUCCCUGUGACCCCUGGGGUUCAAUAGUACUGGGUGGAAGAUGGCUCCAUCCCCACUCCACUGAAGACCUGCUUCACACACCCACUCACACGUAGCCCUCCAGCCUGGAGGCUGGGCCAGCUGCUCUCCUUCCCCUCCUCAGCUGAUUCAGGCAGUAGUGCUAAUGGUGGGAGCCAAGGCUGGUAAGUAGAAGUCAGAGGUCUCAGAGCCAUCCACAUUGAGAAGGAUGUUGGAGGAGGGACCAAGAAAGGAACAGAGUUAUCUAUGGCCUCCAAGUCAUGGGAGAAGAGGAGGUGAGAAGAGGGGCUCAGAUCCUCCAGCCAGGCCGACAGUGGAGACCACUGAGAUAGGAGUGGGGAGUGUGGCCAAUAGUUGGCACGCAGUCACUUAUGUGCACAGCAGCUGAUCUGGAAGGAUCGCAGUUUCAGGGGGUCCUCCUGAGAGCUUCAGCUGACCCUACAGCAUCCCAGGGAGCUGCAGCUUAGUCUCUCGGCCUGUACGUUGGAGGACUCCAGAGCCCAGCUCCAGGCUCCCUUCUGCCAGUGCAGAAUCUCUGCAUGCUUCAUUUCUCUCUCUGUCUCUCACUUGGGAAGGUGAGAUGUUAGAGGGACCUCUGACGGUCGUGAGCUAAGUGAGAAUUCUAGGUAGUCUCAGAAGAAUCUUCCGGAGCUGGAUUCCAGUAGGAGCCAAGUUACAGACCCAGAGCAGGCCUGGAAGGUGAGCGAACCCCCUCCUUGCUCCAAGGCCACGGACUGCUGGACAGACACUGUGAAAUGAAUGGCACCUCGCUGCACUUCCCAGCCGUCAGGGGCGCUCGUGGGCAUCUCUGCUUGGUGGCAGGAGGGACCUCCUCCUACUAGAACAAGAAAUUGCCUGUAGAAGGCCUCGCUCCCCAAACUUCCAGCCCCAGAGAAAGCACCCUGGCAUCAGAAGCAGCACCUGGAAAGACAGUGCACCUCUGGAGGGCACUGCAGGCUUUCCAGGCUCCAGGAGACACACCAGCUGCUGCUGUGCCCACCUUGACUAAAGUAACUGGCUGUCAACUACCUCCUGUAACUGGCUGUUGUGCAAAUUAGUCACCAGCCAGGUCUGCAAGGUCAGUGAGGCGUUUGUCCGACUCUUCUCCGUGUACUGUUUAACAUAUCAGGUAAACAGUGCCCAUCUUAGAACUUGCUCUCAGCAUUUGUACAGUGGGAACAGAGGUUGGCAGGGCUGUGAUGGGUGGGAGGGACCCGUGUGGAUGAAGGAUCCUGAGGAUACGCUGUCCCCCCACAUUGGGUGUAACCUUUUGAAGAAGAGACUGCAGUAAGGGAGAGGAGGUAGGAGGCCAUCCUGUGUCAGAGCAGUGUGAACCCUAAAAGAUACUGGGAGGCUUUGGGGGAAGCUCAGUCCCUGCCACUUUGCGGCCUUCUGUCUCUCCUCCGUGAGCUGUCUCUGAAGAGAAUCAGGUGAUGAGUUUGUUGAGCCUGCAUGGGAAUCUGGGACAGGGUGACCUGGGAGUGGCAGUGGAGAAAGGAGUUGGGGACUCCCAUCAGCAACCAAGCUCCAGUAAGCUGGCGACCACCUGGCCUGGAAACAUGGCCCGCAGACUCCCUGCCACGGUGGAGACCUGCCAGUCUGGAGCAGCUGGUGCCAAGGGUGAGGAAAGCCAAAACCAAACAGGACACAGGACCCUCCAGAGUUUUCUUUUGUUGUUGUUGUUGUUGGGGUGGAGAUUAAGUGGAAAAGAAGGACUUCCUUGUAAUUCCUUGUAAGGAACAAGAACAGAGAGGGACUGGCCGCUGCUCCUGUCCUCUGGGACUCUGCCUCCGACAGUCCCAAGAGAAGCAAGCUCCAGAAAGACCAGGGGCAGCAGCAGAGCAUGUCUUCAGAGAGCCUGGUACCUGCUCCCUGCCUGUCACCUUGGCCUCCUGGGGAGGAAAGCUAAGGCCUUUAGAGCUGUCUGAACUGUCCCCCAAGCAGAGUGACACGGUCCCUGUCUGUUGUCACUUUCUGCUUCCAGGCAGAAAUGGCUGUUGAGCCCCUCUUACGUUGGCCAGCUUCCCACUCACCAAACCCAACUGGACAGGACAACGGUCACUUUGUAGUAAUUAUCCCAUCAUGUCUGAGAAGUCGGUCAGUGUGCUGGUCACGUGCUUCCCAAAGGACUAAAACUUUGGGAAUUGGUAGGUUCCUCACCCACCCACACCCAGUACACUCAUCUCUGUGCCGUCCCUGUGCCCUUGUCUCCACUCCCGGAAUAUGUGCAGUGGUCCACAUCACUUUCCCUAAACCUGUGCCCCCACCCCUACUGCCCACCCCUGUAGCUGGACUCAUUCCUCUUAAAAAUUGUUUCUAAAUAUGCCUUGUUACUUUGUUCUGUUUGGGGAGAAGGACACUAACCCUUCCAGACAAGAUUGACAGAAUAGAAGGGGUGAAUGCUAGAGAACCCCCACUCGGGCAAGACAUUGAAAAGCCAGAACAGACGGAGUGGCAGCAAGUCCUGCCAGCCAGUGUUAUCUGUCUCAUUUACCAGAAGCAAAAGAAAUGGCCUGGGGGCUGAGCGGAGGG